CUGCUUCCAAUGCCACUUUUAGGGGUUUAGCGGAAGAACGAUGAAAUUGAUUUUUCAUUCCAAAAAAUUGUUACCAUAUUCUAAUAUACAUUAAUAUAUACAGCUGCGAGGUGCAUAAUGUUCUGAUUUUUUCUCAAUUCUCAUGCAGUUGUUUCUGGGUCCUCACAUUUUUUGUUUCCGCCAUGGUGAUAAUAUGUCUACAGUGUGGUGACAAAGGAUUCUCUAACGCAUUUGUUUUUUGUGUAAAAUGUCUUGAAGUUGCUGUACAUCGCUACUGCCUUGAUAAAGUUCCCAGUACAUUUGAUGAAUUUGUCUAUUGGGUCUGUGAUGAUUGUGAGGUGAAGGUGCCAAAUGAACUCACUAUCAUGAAUUCUGUUGGCGUCUUACCUGAAAAUUGCACUAGUUCAAGACAUCUUAAAGCAAGUUCUGAAGCAAAACUUGAUAUUCCUCCAUCGAUUGCUGAGGUAGAUUUAACGGUGGUUCAAAAUAAGUCUUCCGAGGAAGAUGUUGAGAAACAUCCUAGAAUUGAUUUGGUAGAGCAUAGUCACUUAGAUAAGAAGUCUAAUCCUACGUCUCUGAUAGAUAAGAAAAACUGUAUUCAUGCUGUCGUGGAACAAGCACAACCUGUUCUUGAUCCUAUUUGGAGGGGUAGUUUUAACAUAUGGAACAAAGAGUAUAAGACAUUUGAUGGACUUGUUGCUCACCUAUCAGUCAAAGCAUGCCAAAAGGUUUUUGAAGAAACGAAGUUAUUUUCACUUUUGCUUCACUUGGAAAUGCUUCCGAAAUCUGAUAUAUGGCCUAAGAGUUUCAAUACAUUAGAGCCUAGAGAUGAUAACAUUGCAUUGUAUUUCUUUCCUUCGGAUGCAAGAUACGAGCAGGAUUUUGAUCAUUUGAUUGAGGAAAUGAUUGGUGAAGAACUUGCUCUCCGAGCAGUUAUGACAAAUGCAGAGCUGUUGGUUUUCACAUCCACAGAACUUCCCCUGCAUAACUGGAGAUUCCAACACAAACACUACUUAUGGGGCGUUUUUAGAGCGAAGCAGGAAUCUAGUAGCUGUCAAAUGGUAUCGAACAGGGUUAAAUCUGUGAUACUUCAAACUCCUGGGAAUGUUUUGGCUGCCGGAGAUCAUAUAAACCUUGUGAAACUCAAAACUUCGCGUGCUGAGAGUCCUAUUAGCACUUUAAGCAAUAACGUAAGCUUUGGGUCUGGCACUUCCUGAAGCAUCUGCCCUCUUCUUUUCAUGUUGAGCUUCUCAAUAUGAAGGCUGUUGGUCAAUAACCUGGUGGAAAAAACGACAAAGCUGGUCUAAUGGUAAGAGCGCAUCACAUGACGUGACAUGAUGUGAGAGUUUAGGCACAUAUGACUGGCUAAGUGAAUAAGGGAUGAAUCCAAUAUCCACCAGAUUUCGGAUCUUUGUGCUGCUGGUUCUCAGAGAUUUCUCGGUUAUUAACAAAUAAAAACCGAGUUUUUUCUUCAGUUGAAGAACCUGAUGUCCUGUGAAAUGCUAACCAUUUGUAAUAUGUCAUCUGUUUAGCUGUACAUGGUAGAUAAAGGGUGGUUGUUUUGGAAACCGAGCUUUGCUCCCAUAGUGACUCGAACAACUUGGAGGUGAAGGUGUAUAUCAUCUUAGAAUUAAACUCCUUUUAUCUAUUUCGGAUUAUAGGGACAAGGUUUGAUUAUGUAUAAUUUAUAUGGAUAUUAGCACUUUUGGUCUCAAUUAUUGGCAAAUUCUUAUUU